AUGGACGAAGAAUACGACGUGAUCGUGCUUGGAACUGGCUUGACGGAGUGUGUGCUCUCUGGGUUGCUCUCUGUUGAAGGAAAGAAGGUGCUUCACAUCGACCGUCAGGACUACUACGGUGGCGAGUCGGCGUCGUUGAACCUACAGCAGCUGUACGAGAAGUUCAAGCCUGGCAAGGAGGUUGAUGCCUCGUUGGGACGGAGCCGUGAUUACUGUGUUGAUCUCAUCCCCAAGUUCUUGAUGGCCAACGGAGAGUUGACCAACAUCCUUGUGCACACGAACGUGACGAGAUACGUGGAGUUCAAGCAGAUUGACGGGUCGUUUGUGUUCCGGUACGGGAAGCCGUCCAAGGUGCCGGCAACGGAGUACGAGGCCGUGACGAGCUCUCUCAUCGGCUUGUUCGAGAAGAGACGCUUGAAGAACUUCCUCCAGUGGGUUGCAAACUACAAGGAGGAUGACGUGGCCACGCACAAGGGCUUGAAGUUGGAUAUUGACACCACGGACGCGGUUUACAACAAGUUUGGGCUCGAAGAGGGCACCAAGAACUUCAUUGGCCAUGCCAUGGCACUCUACGAUAACGACGAGUACCUCCAGCAGCCUGCUCGUGAGGCAGUGGAGAGAGUGGUGCUCUACUGCCAGUCCGUGGCACGCUACGGCAAGUCUCCUUACCUCUAUCCGUUGUACGGGUUGGGCGAGCUACCUCAGGGCUUCAGUCGUUUGAGUGCCAUCUAUGGUGGUACCUUCAUGCUCAGCACCAAGGUUGAGCAGGUGUUGUACGACGAAGCAGGCGUGUUCCAGGGUGUCAAGCUAUCGCUCGAUGGCGAAGAGCACGUUGUCAAGGCCCCACAGGUGAUUGCAGACCCAACAUACUUCCCUGAGAAGGUGUCCAGCAGCGAGAAGGUGAUUAGAACCAUCUCAAUAGUGGAUCAGUUGCCUCUAAAGAAUGGAGAAACCUCUGCUCAGAUCAUCUUGACCGGUAAGGAGACUGGUAGAAAGAACGACAUCUACAUCGCACUCAUCGGCUCAGAGCAUAAGGUUGCACCACAGGGGAAGAACAUUGCGAUUGUUUCAUCCAUCAUAGAAGGUGACAAGCCUCCUCACAUCCAAUUGGAAUCAGCCUUCAAGCUCUUGGGUAUAAAGGCAUUCGACCGUACCUUUAUGGGCCUCUCCGACUUGUUUGCUCCAAUUGAAGACGGCUCAAAGGACAACGUUUACAUCUCAAAGUCGUACGAUGCAACUUCACAUUUCGAGUCUGUCACUGAAGACGUCAAGGACAUCUACUUCAGAGUCACAGGCAAACCAUUGAAGUUGACCAAACUAGAAGAAGGUGAGUUCAACGCUCAGGCCUGA